UAAGGAUUAAAGUAAUUCUGCCUUUCACAACUUUGAUGCCGCACAGGACACGAAGCAGAAUACGCCGUCGUCGUUUCUGCUCGCCGUCGACAAUGAGACUGGUGGCGGAUGGCGGUGAAAAGGUGGAAUGCGGUGCCGGAGACGCUCCGGAACGAGGCGGCGGGGUGGCUGUUGUGGUGGUGGGGGUGAGACUCGACUCGCGGAGCAAGGAGUUGCUGACAUGGGCGUUGGUGAAGGUAGCGAGGUCCGGCGAUCACGUCAUUGCGCUCCACGUACUCAAUCCUGAAGCUGAUAAAUCGAGUAUGGCUUCGCUAGUGAAGACAUUUGACUCGCUGUUAGCUGCUUAUGAAGGCUUCUGCAACCUGAAACAGGUGGAUCUGAAGUUAAAGAUCUGUCAAGGAUCUCCAGUUCGUAAAAUCCUAUUCCUAGAGGCGAAGUUGUGUGGUGCAACAAGUGUGGUAGUUGGGAUUUCUGAAGGUCAUCGAACUAUACGGUCCCGGAUCUCUGUUGCCAAGUAUUGUGCCAAGAGUCUCCCAAAGAAUGUUUCUGUUAUAUGUGCUGACAAUGGCAAGAUUUUGUUCCAAACAGGGUCGCCUGCUUCGAUUGAACCUGAGUAUGGUACUCUUGAUGCAUCAAAACCAAAUAAGAAGAAGAGGAGAACUUUGUCCAUAAGUUCCCUGCCCCCUGAGAGAGUUAUAUCAUCAUUUAGCAAUGAAGGCAAGAGUAUGUCGUUGAUGAACUCGGAGCCUGUUAAAACCAGAGAUAUGCCCAAAUACAGAUCUAGGUGGACACUACUUCGUCGGGUACUUCUACAUGGUGGAAGAGUAUUGGAUUCUUCUUCUACUAAGAAGUCUUCGACAGUGCAAUGGUUGUUCCAGUCACAAAACCAACCCUCUAUGGGAACUGUUUGUUCUGAUCCAAAACAGAUCAGUGCAUCCAAUGGAGAUGACUGUUUAGAGUUGGAUGAUGAGAAGCGUGCUGUUGUACAACAUUCUGCUGACACUAUUGUUGAUUCGUAUCCUAAAAAGAUCAUCCAAGAGGAACUUAAAGAGUUAGUCAACAAGUACACAGUUGCAUGCCAAUUGUUCAGCUACCAGGAGCUUCUAUUAGCAACAAAUAAUUUUUCACUCGAAAAUAUGAUUGGAAGGGGUGGAAGUAGCCAGGUUUAUAAAGGACAUCAACUGGGAGGAAAGGAGAUAGCUGUCAAAGUUUUGAAGCCAUCGGUGGAUGUGUUGAAUCAUUUUAUUUCAGAAAUUGAGCUCAUUACGACUUUGCACCACAAAAACAUAAUAUCUUUAGUUGGCUUCUGUUUUGACGAAGACCAACUGCUCUUGGUUUAUAAUCUUCUGUCAAGAGGGUGCCUGGAACAGAAUCUUUAUGAAUCUGGAACUUUGCUUGGUUGGCAUGAGAGGUAUAAGGUUGCUUUGGGAGUUGCUGAGGCACUAGAAUAUUUACACGACGCAGCAAAACCAAUUAUUCAUAGAGACGUUAAAUCUUCCAAUAUAUUACUUGCUGAUGAUUUUGAACCAAAGCUAUCAGAUUUCGGACUUGCUACCUGGGCUUCAAGCUGUUCACAUCAUUUAGAUACAUCUGAUGUUGCUGGAACAUUUGGCUACUUGGCCCCCGAGUAUUUCAUGCACGGGAAACUGAAUGAAAAAAUUGACGUCUAUGCAUUUGGGGUGGUUCUCCUCGAGCUUCUAUCAGGUAGGAAGCCAAUAGAUAACGGACAUCCAAAGGGGCAGGAGAGCUUAGUAAUGUGGGCAAGAAGUAUUUUAAAGGAAGGAAAACUUUCAGAAUUGCGAGAUCCCAGUUUAGCUAAUAAUGCAUACGACGGCGAUCAAUUUGAGAGAAUGGUCUUAGCUGCAACCCUUUGCAUCAGACAUGCCUCUCAAUCGCGUCCUGUGAUUAGCACUGUUACGAAGCUCCUUCAAGGGGAUCCGGAAAUUAUAGAGUGGGCAAGGCAAGAAAGUAAUGCAUGUGAAGACAAGAUCAAUGGAGACAUCCAAUCGUUCAUUAAUGUUGCAUUGCUUGAUUUGGAAGAUGACGCGACUUCGGUUAGCAGCAGCGAGCAGAAUGUGUUGGUGGAGGACUACUUGCGAGGUAGGUGGAGCCGUUCCUCUAGCUUCGAUUAAUGUUGUUCUUGUAGUCGACGAUUGUGUGUUCGUUCGAAAAGGUGUUGUCUUUUUUUGUGGAUUGAGUUGACGGGUGCUGCAUUCAUGAAGCUUCUUUAUUUGGCACAUAACAUAACAUAAGAUAAAGAGUGUUGAACUAAUUCUCGAAUCCAAUCGGAAUCCAGGACAAGAAUGGUGUGUUAAAUGAUUAUGGGUGAAUUCAAUCAA